AUGUCUUCCUCCUUAGUGAGUGCACAGCUUUCGAGGAACAGCAGCCCUGACUUUCCAGACACCGAGGAAAGGCAGCAUAGGAAGAAGCGUCAAAAGACUAGUGUAUUAUCACAUCUAUGUGCUCGUUGUCAACAGCUCGACCUCGAUCGCAGUUUUGAGAAAGCUUCUAAAUUUUACCAAAUGGUGAGAGAUGGAUUCGUGGCUUACCCGAACGAUCUACGCGAGGCCUCGGAUGGAAGACAUUUCUACAACGACGCUAUUCUAGUGCAUUACUUCCAGGAUCAAUUGUCAAGACCUUCCAACUGCCCGCUGUGUGAUUUCUUCCGAUCACUAAGGGUCCAGCCUGAUGCUCAUGUGCAAUACAAACUUCUUGCAUUUCGCAGCAGCGAGAGCUGGAUGUUCAGGCGUAAUGUGUUAACAGACAGUCAAACAUGGAAUGAGAUCAAGGACACGGUCUUCAUGGCCGUAGUCCCGGAUGACGAGGUGAUUCCGCCGUGUGGUCACGAAGUAGACUGGUUAGAGAAGGAAAUCCCAUCUGUAGGAGCGAUUUAUCGACUUGAAGCGAAUGAGUCCCGCGACCUUGAUUAUAACAUAUUACUGCGUGCGCGAGAAGUUAGUGAGGACGCAAAUCUUGACCUUGUCCGCACCUUUCUGAAGACUUGUCGAGAGCACCACCAUGGGACUUGCGGACGGCUGAUACCGCACGAGCCUAUUCAGCAAGGGUUUCGUGUCAUUGACUGCAAUAUGGAUGAUCCUACCCUGAUUGGGGCGGAAGAGCAGCCUUGGGGGAUCAAAUAUGCGGCUCUCAGCUACGUUUGGGGCACGACUUCAGCGGACGGAGAAUCGUGGCCCAAGACUGUGCUUGACGCUGUCGCAGUAACAAAGGAGCUCGGGUUGCAAUAUCUGUGGGUCGACCGGCUGUGUAUUAAUCAGUCUGAUGAUGUGGAAAAAGCUGCUUUGAUUUCAAGGAUGACGACUAUUUAUCAGGAAGCUGAUAUUACCAUCGUGGCGGCAGCUGGCUCGAGGGCGAGCUACGGCCUCCCAGGCAUUCGGUCAACUUCUCGAAAGCCACAACCAAGGUAUUACCUCGAUAGUGGAAGUUUGCUACUUUCGACAAUGCCAGAUCCCCGUUACGAUAUUUUCGAAUCCUGCCACUGGACGCGAGGCUGGACCUACCAAGAAGGCAUCCUGUCCAGACGCCGCAUCGUCUUCACCGACCACCAAAUAUAUUGGGAGUGUCAGGGCAUGGCUACACACGAGAGCAUCAAUAUGCCACUCUUUCUGGCCGAAGGCGAUGAACACCACAUGUCCAACUUUAUGUUAACCGGAAUAUUCAAAGGUGAUGCUCAUAGUGGGGGCAGCCAAAGUAACCAGGUCGACUUAGUCAUCUUGAAGGAUGAGGCCUACCGCUUAGACUACGGGUUCCCAAUCUAUCGCAAGGCGACCACCCGCGCGCAGUUGAGAGGUCUCAAUGAGCACAUUCGUGCGUUCUCGAAACGAGAGUUGAGAUAUGACACGGACACGCUGCCAGCGUUUCAAGGAAUCCUUGGCAUGUAUGAAGAAAAUAAAUCAUUGUGCCUACUUCACGGGAUCCCGCUAUGGCUGGGAAAUAUUUGCGGAGACCAUAACGGCGCUCAGUUUACCUUUGCCUUGUCAGUGACCUCGUGGUACCAUCGGGCCGAUCAAAAUCACCAACUGUUCGUGUCGAAGGAGAGCCAGCGACGUAGCCAUUUGCCAUCGUGGACGUGGGCAGGAUGGAAAGGUAUCGUCACCUGGCGUGCUCCUCCGGAGUAUGAACACGGAGCCUUCAUGAGCGACCUUAUUGCGUUGGAGAAGCUGCGAUUUCUUUGGGCCGUAGACAUGUAUCUCUUCAAUCAGGACCAGCCAAGGCGGCUGCUGAGUUCGUACUCGACAGAUCUUCUAAAAAGUGGAACCCCGAACUUGAUUGAAAUCAGGGAUCCUCUUGUACUGGAGGAUUUCGUGCGUAAAGAAACCAAGAAACAGUGGAAAUGGAUACAAAAGGGAGGCAGGGUUGGUCGGGAACUUUACGACAUAGGAAGCCCUGACUGGGACGAGAAAUGGUAUCGAAUAGCGGGCCGACUCUGCUUUAUCGGUCUGACAGUCCGGAUGACUGAGCAGGAGUGGACGAAUAAGCACGCCUCUAAAGAACUUAUGAGUGUCUUGAUGUUUGCAAGCAAGGACCCUUCAUCUGAACACGGGCGAGCUCGGUUUUUGACAUUGCGAAAAGCAAUGCCUGCGGCUGAUCGUUGGGAAAGGAUUGGCAUUCUGUCGCUAAUAAUCCCACAGGUCUCUUUGGCCAAGUGUUCGACAAACGAGGACCUCUUGAAACAGAUACCUGUACACAGAAGAGAGGGUGUCAUCAUAAUCCAAUGA